AAUUUUCGCGAGAGUUUGGCAGUGACGUAGAGAGGAACGAACUUGUGAAGAGUUGUUGUGGUAACGGUUUUGCAGGUGGAGGCUGUGUGUUUGAGGGUAAAAAACACUCGGGAUGUCGGAGACCGACCCAAAGACGGUUCAGGAUCUGACCGCUGUGGUUACCACACUCCUCCAACAGAUGCAGGACAAAUUCCAAACAAUGUCUGACCAGAUCAUUGGUAGAAUCGAUGAGAUGAGUGCCCGCAUUGAUGACUUGGAGAAAAACAUUGCUGACCUGAUGACACAAGCAGGUGUUGAAGAAAUCGAAGCAGGAGAAAAUAAGGCUCCGAAGUAACCUGAUGAGGAUGAUAGAAGAUUCUUUUUCAACAAACGCCAGUUCAGGUUGAUUACUUUAAGAAUCUCUGCUGUGUUAAAGUACAUUUUUUAAAUCAGUUAUAGGUGUGCUUACAGCUCUAUUUGAAUUUUUUUUGUAAGGAAACACUUUUAUUGCUUGAAAUAUAAUUGAUAUUAGCAAAUUAUAAAUUUGUUCAAAAAUUUGAAUAUCUGGUCUUGCAGUUUUUCUUAGACAAUUUUGAAUAGUCUAAUUAAAACUCAAUUUCUGAUUACGUUUAUUUGCAUUUGAAUUAUUUGGACUGCAUUUUUUAUAAACCAAUUUUGUAGUAGAUCCAGUUUGUAUAUUUAAUGCAUUAUUUUUAUGUUUUUGUCACUUGGAAUGUUUAGUAAGAGUAAACAGAUAAACAGUCACAUGAGUUUUAUCUUUGGCAUUAAAAGUCAAUGACCUGUUGUCUUACGUAAAAUAACAUAAUUGUUGGCAAUUCUUGUUCCUAAGCUUGCAGUUAUAAUUGCUAUUAGUUUGGUGAUGCCAUGUUGGGCUUGUUUUCAUGGUGAUGCCAUAUUCCAUUUGCCAUCUUGUGCUUGUACAAAAUGUUUAUUGUCUUAGAAAUUGCUCAAAAAUGUGAUUAACUGUGCUCAAGUUGCAUCCAUGGUUAUCUGAUUUUUCUUCCUCAUUGUUAACUCUAACCAUCUUAAUCAUAUCUGAUUUGUGAUGGGAACAUAGUAUUAAUAUCGAGAUAUCUUAAAUCAAGUGACAAAAAGUCCAUUGUUUUUCACUGUAACUAUUCCAUAUGUGAAUUAGUAUUUUUGUUUAAGAUUUCACAGCUCUGUUGUACUGUUUUACUUGAAUGCUUAAGUCCUUUAUUUGACAGCUGUAUUUCAUAACUUAACUAGUGGCACGUUGUGAUUAAUUUGGAUAUUCAAGAAAACACGUCUAAAUUAUUAUAGCAGAAUUACUGAUAACCUUUCAUAAUAUUUUGGUUAAGCAUCUGUACAUGAAUGUUAAAAAAUGUGUUUUAAAACAAUCACUUUAUUGUCUAAUCUUAAAUAUUUAUACCUUGAAAAUUGAGAUGUUUGAAUGUUGACAUUUCACUAGCAUAUUUCCACCCAGUGAUUAAACAAUGGAUGCAGAGAUGAAAUAAAAUGUAUAAAUCAUUAAUCCAUCUGUAAGCAUGCUCAAAGGCUUGAACACAUUGGUUUGUACAGUUCUAUAAGCUUUAGAAUAAACUAAUAAAUUUAUUGUUACUACA